GCCAGCUAGCUGAUCAUGUCUCGGAUAUACCGCAUGCGCAAUGCAGUUUACUGCUGUGCAGGAGGGCUCCUCUGUCUCAACUUCAUUCCUCACACCUUCCCUUCUCUCCCCGCCAGAAGGUAGCCCUCUGGGAGAAAUUUUCAGUUAAAGAUUUUCCCGCAGUUUGUCGUGGGUGGGAAAUGAACCUCCACCUCAGUUGGUUGACCACGUUCACAAGAUAGCUCACGUGAUGGGUUUACCCCAGACUGAGAAGAUAAAUGUGUUUCUCGGCAAAGGGCUGACUAGCAUGACAUUUGGGUCAACAUGGCUGCCAAACGGGGCAGCAAUCGGACUACCAAGAACUGUCCUGUUUCAAAAUCCAGAAGAUGUGAGAAACUCAUUCCUGGAGUCAGCCGGGGCUCCCAUUGAUUGGGACUCUGAGCUGGGAACUAGCCUCACGGCUGCACUCACACCUUCAACCCAGCAGAUCAACUUUGUAAUCGCGCAUGAGGUGGCACAUUUGAAGAACAGUGACUGGAUGGCAAGAGUUGUUCUGCCGCCUGUGACAUUAGUUCUUGCCUACCAUGUGGCCAGAGCUGUCCCCCAGUAUGUCGCUCCUAAGCACGGGCUGGCUGGGUUUGUUCUGGUGAUGGCAGCAAGUCUUGCAGUGUACCUACAGCUAGUGGCCUCCCUCAGUCACAGACAAGAGUUUAGAGCAGACAAGACUGCAGCCCAGUGUAGCAGUGGCUAUGCACAGGGAGGCCUCGACCACUUUGCCAAGAGAAUGAAAGUCGACUCGGCACUCCAGUUGAGAAAGAAAGCAUCGACUCUUGACCGGUUCAAGCCUUCUUUCGACCUGCACCCUCCAGUCCAAGAUCGUUUCGACAGACUACAAACUUUGAUGGCCAACUCG